AUGCGUAUAUGGGGACAUUGCAUAGAGGACGUUGAGGCCCCCAGAUCUGCUGCCAUGAGCGCCACGAUGACUGCAGAGGAGCUGCAGGCUCAGAUCGAGGCAACCCGGCGAGACGCCGACGCGGAGGAGGCCAGAUUCGUGCAGCUCGAGGCAGAGUCUGCGCAGGCCCAGGCGCGGCAGAGGCUCCGCCGGGAGCUGGAGCAGCAGGCUGAAAGGCUGGAUGCGGCAAGGGAGAUCAAUGAUGAUGAAAGAAGCUACCGUCUGCAGGUCGAUGAAGACAUGGCUGGAGAUUAUUGUCCCGGUGGUCCUAGUCCGGCAAUAGUUCAGACUAGAGCCAAGAGAUCCUACUUGUCUCAGGCACGCGGUGAAGAAAGCAUGAGUUUUGGCAGUGAGGUCGCUCGGGGCGAAUAUGUGUGGAAGCUUCGGCAGUUUUCAUGGAUGCGCAGCGCGCUGCGACAAGACUGCGAGGCUUAUGCAGAAUCUGAUGACUUCCAGGUCGGCAGCUGUCGCUUUACUUUCAGGUACAAUCCGACCGGAGGCCUGGUCUUUUCCAAAGAUGGGCGGCGGUACGAUGGCUCUCUCGUCAUCAAAAUGUGUGGUGAAAUUGGAGAUCUGAUUCGCUACCGAAUCUAUGUCAGGAAGCCGUCGUGUGGGGACUUCGUGCAGUGGAGUGCAAUGGCCGAAGUAAUUCACAGUCCUUAUCUGAUCCCUCCUAUCUACGGCCCCGAUGUUCACUUGCACGGCUCCCCACACUCCGGGGUAGGAAUCUUCGGUCUGACGUUUGAAGAGCUGCUGCAGUCGGAGUGGGUUGAAGACGACACUUUGACCUUGAAGUUCGUGCUGGAAGUUCGGCCAUAUGAUUCUUGUACAAAGCACACGGAUGCAGUGAAGGUCCCAGAGCCUACUAUGACUCUAGACAAUCGAGCUUUGCUGGAGGAAGCUGUGGGCAGCGAUGUGCAGUUUACUGUGCAGGGUGAAGUCAUCCAGGCUCACUCACAAGUUCUCUGUGCCAGAUCCGAGGUUUUCAGGAAGCAGCUGACCGGCGGCAUGCAAGAGAGUGUGUCGAAAAACAUCACGAUCGAGGACUCUGAUGUCGCAACCUUCAAGGCGUUCCUACAGUUCCUCUACACCGACAACCUCCCAGAUGUCCAGGAGCUUAUUCCGGCUGGGACGUCAAGCCAGAGCGAUGACGGGAGCAGCAGUAGGCAGCUGUCGCAGCUUCAGGCCCUCCUGGCCGUGAGCAACAAGUAUCAGGCCACGCGGCUGCAGCUCUGGUGUGAGGCGAAGCUGUGUGAGGAGCUCAACACAUCACAGGUCUGCAGCAUCCUCUGCCAAGCGCAUCUCUUCCAAGCCAAGCAACUCGAGAGGGCCUGCUUGUCUCACAUCAAGGGCCACAUGGCCGAGGUUCUCAAGCUCCCGGCCUACACCGAGCUCGUGGCAAAGUGGCCCGAGAUCGGCGUGGAGGUCAGCCUCUUCUUGGCCGGUAUGCCACAGGCUGAGGCGAGUGAAGUGGCCCAGGCCUCCAAAGUUCGAAGGUUGGAGGCUGGCAAGGAGCGGACCUUUGGGCCCUAA